UCGGGUCCUGACACCAGAAGGUAGCGCCAUCUUGGCGAUUUAUUUUUGCACGAUGUGAUGUGAGGUUUCGCAGGAAAAGGGUUGAUUUUUGUCUGACGAGGUGGCUGUGACAAGGUUCUGUGACAAUGUGGCCCAAACUGUUGGACCUAUCCAGGGACGAGUGCAAGCGAAUUCUACGUCGACUAGAACUGGAGGCCUAUGCCUCCCUCAUCAGUGCCUUCAGGGCACAGGGAGAUCUCAGUAAGGACAAGAAAAAACUCCUGGAUGAAAUUUCCAAGGUGUUGAGUAUCUCCACAGAGAGACACAGAGCUGAGGUGAGACGGGCUGUCAACGAUGAGUCACUCAGUACUGUAGCAGAUGUUCUCUCAGGUCCCAACUCCACCUACGAGUGGUCGGUGGAAGGGCGGAGACUGGUGCCCUUGAUGCCGCGGCUCGUGCCCCAGACCGCCUUCACGGGACUGGCCAACACGGCGGCCAACAUCGCAGCCGCACACAACUCAACACUACCUGACCCUGCGGACACAGCCAAGAAAGAAGUGCCUGGGACCAGUGGUGUCAGUGCAGCAACCAUGAAGUCACCACGAUCAGCCAGUCCCCACUCUGGGGUAGUGGUACUGCCCAGUGGUGCCACCAUCACAGUAAAAGGAGAAAGAGAAGAUGAUAUGGAGACAGAGACCAAAGGCAGAAGAAGAAAGAGGACGGCCUCUUCCUCUGCUCCUCACCCAGCUCCCGGCACGUCUUCAAGAACUGUAGAAGCUCGUCCCUUACUCCUUCCAACUUCUUCUAACAUUAGGGUGUCCCAGGGAACUGCAUCGUCACAUUCCAUGAGCCCUGUAAAGAUCACCCUGGCCAAAACACCUCCUCCUAAAAGUUCCAUGGCUCCAACAGCUACACAGAAGAUUAUCAUUGUCAGUAGCCAGUCGUCUGGGCCGUCCUUCAUGCCCAACAUCCUGCGUAGCAGCCAUCCCGGGUCGACCACGACCACGCUUGCACGGAUCCUCCCCGGGAACGUGAGCAGCUCGUCUUCCAGCCCCAUGGCCAGGAUCCCCUCCAUCCUCCUACCUCACACCCCCACCUCCAGCAGUGGUUCAGCCUCAGGGUCCCUGCUGGCCGGGGUGGGAAACCCCGCAUCAUCAGCAACAGUUAGUGCAACAGCCUCUGUUGUUGGAACCUCCACCACAGCCUUUCUGUCCAGUACUCUGGCCGGAACCAAGCCGCGGGUCAAGACGGUGACCAAGCAGGCAACCCAGACGCGCGUGGUGACCACCCAGCUGCCCCUGUCCCAGAUCCCGGGUGGCCAGCCGCCCAGAACCAUGUCACCGGGCAGUAAGCCAACCAUACAGAUCAAGCAGGAACCGGGCACAGGUGUGAAGAUCAUCACCCAGACCUUACCAGGAAGCAAGAUUCUCCCCAAGCCUGCUACAGCGGCUACCAGUUCUGGCCCCCAGGUUGUCAUGGUUACCACCACGUCGUCCAUGGCAACCAGACCUGUGGGCUCAGGCACCACAUCUACAGUGUAUGCCCAGAAUAACGGGAACAGAGCCAUCGUGAACCCAGCUAUCGGCACCCGGGUUGUGACCAUGCCCACGUCGACUAUGUCCGCAGGAAAAAUUACCCCACCUCCACCCACCAACAUUAUAACAGUCACUCCCAAAACUGUGCAGACCAUGCCGAUAACUGUUACAAGAACACUACCUUCAGGUGCUACACCCUACACCAUUGCUAAAGCAGGCCCAUCCUCAGCCGGUAAGCCCAGCGUUAUCGUUGUGCAGCAGGCGAAAACGAUCAAGACUCAACAGGGCAAACCCAUCACCGUGGUUACCACCUACAUCACUCAGUCUACAGUCAGACCCAGCUUUGUGUCCACCAUGGCUGGUCAGAGUCUGGGGAAGAGCAUGACACUGACCAAGGCACAACCGCAACAGAUCAAGACAAGGGUCGUAAUCCGCCCAAGGACACCUGAUCAAGGCUCGCUCUCCUUGAGCCAGCAGCAAAGCAUUCUGGGAGGGAUUGUUGAAGGGAUUGUGAUCCAAAGACCGUCCUCCUCCUCGCCACGUGCACCGCGUGACUCCCCUGGUACCGGGGACGAUACCAGCUCCGUCAGCUCAGCCGGCAGCGAAGAUGUCGUGAAAAUCCAAAGAGCUGGCCAGUCUCCAGGUGCCAGCCAAUCAGCACCCAGCUCUCGUGUGACCAAUCAGUGGGUAGAAAUGGAUGCUGCCUUGGACAUUGGGUCCUCUCAGUCCCAGGGCACCGUGCAGACCAGCACCUCUCAGUCCCAGAGUGUUCAAGGGGAGAGUUUCAGCUCUGCGGCCUCCACCAUCAAGGCCUUGCUGGAGAUCCAGAGUGGCGCUAAGGCACAGGACAAGCCACGCCAGUCUACCAUUGACCUGAGUCAGAUGGCUGUUCCCAUCUCAGUCCAGCAACAAGGCCCCCAGGCUGUGGCUGCCUCGCUGCAAGGCGAGAUGGCGCCUGAAUUUUUCACCACAGAAGUAGUACAGCAAGAUCAGGCUAUUGCUACUGAGGCUGUCCCCAGAGCUGCACAGCCCCCCUCUGGAAGACAAGGCAUCCGCAUCUCCACAGCCCAACACUUACUGGCUGAAGCCCACAGGAAGAUGCAACAGGGGCAGGUGCUUGGGAGGGAGGAGGCUAGCCUUUUGGAAGAGUCCUAUGAAGGCUUCACCCUUGACCCACAAACUGGGUUGUUCUACAAGGAUGAAGAGUCUAUCAGUGGUAUUGAGAGCAAAAUGCUGCACGAUAUAAAGGUCCAGACCACUACCGCUUCAGGAGAGCCAAGGACCUACACUUUGACCGAGUGGUUUACAGGACUGACAGGAGACCGACCAACAGGUAACCAACAAGGCCAGCCUUCCUCCUCAGGCGCCACGCCGACCAUGGAGCCAAAAGUUGUGGCCGUACCAACGGAAAAAAUCCUGGAGUCGGCUCUCUCCGCAAGCUUUACCUCUACAGAACUGGAGUACCUUAGAUCAGGGGGUAGAGGACUAGAUAGCUCAGCUGAAACGAGCAGCUUUGCGAGCGUAAGAACGACUUCUAACAUUGAGCCCCUCGUUACGAGUUUGCCGGGGUCACAAGAGGUCAGCAGUACGCAGGAUGGCGCCCAGACCCAAAGCUUGGAGUCCUCCACACCUGCUCAGGAUCCUGGGAAGGAGAUGACUGAAUGCCCUGGGACAGAGAACACACUUGAAAGGAAUGCUGGGAGCGAGAGGAAGUCGGAAUCACGAGACCACGGGAACAUCUUUGAGAACAUUGUUGCGAGCGUUCACGCAGAUUCGAACACGGUUCAGCAAGGAAGCGCUGCGUUGUCGGUCAGCAAACCGGAGUUCACCACUCUGCGGGAUUACGUGCAAAGCACGAUAGGCGGUGCACCCAGGAAAGUGGAGGUGGCAGCAGAGCCAGUUAUAUCAACACAACAAGAGCCUAUGGAUUCACCCGACCAUUUCUCUCAGGACAACCUUCAGGACCUCCUGGAGCUUUUGGGACAGGCAACGAGCACACUAGCGAGCUUCGACCAGCCGUCCUCGUCCAAGACCACAGUGAUGGUUGAGCCCAGCGGGUUUGAUCCCAGCAGUCUGAAGAUGGAAGACUUCACCAGUCAGAGGGUGGAGGCAGAGAGCUUCACUAAGGACGAUCCGGAGGAUGGGGACAAGGGCAGUCCUGACAGCACCAUUGUCACACCUACUAGUGUCUCCCCUUCCCAAGACAGGAUGGUGUCUCCAGCACGCAUGCACCACCCGUCUGGCAGCAGUUCGGGAAACGAGAGUAUCCACGGAGGUCUGGACACGCCCAUGCGAGCCAGUAAGAGGAAACGGAAGGCCCCGCCCCCUCUGGACGAGGACCCGCCCCCUGCCUCGCUACCCAGCUGGGCAAGAGCCGCAUUGGGGUCAGUAGGUCAUUAG